AUAGCUUCGUCGUCAUCUCUAAUCUAAUCAGAUUAAAAAAAAAAUUCCAAAACUAAACGAAGAAAGAUACAAAAGUUGUUGCUUCAAUGGAGGUCCACCACAAGAUUAAGAGUCACGUGUUUACGCCACGUGUAUUCUAAGCAAUAUCCAAAUCGAACGGUGGUAAAAGUAAGAGACACGUUAACCAAUCUUUCUCGAUCUCGCCACCGCGCCGUGGUUCUCCGUGACUCCGUCGCCGUUUUGGGAAAGAGAAGAGUGUUAUCAGGAUCAUGGAGGAAGGUUGCAACUGCUUUACCUCGAAGAUGGUCUCAAAUUUGAGCAUUGGUUUGUUUAUAGUUUUGGGGAUCGUUCUUCUGAUGGUUCGUGUACUGUACGUUGUAUACCGUUGUGGCAAACCUUUUCCAAAAGGAGCUUCACAGUAUUUUAGUACUCUUGUUGUUCUUGGUUCUGGGGGGCACACUGCAGAGAUGUUGAGUCUCCUCUCUGUUUUGCGUAUGGAUAGAUUUACACCAAGGUUUUACAUUGCUGCAGCUACGGAUAACAUGAGUCUCCAGAAAGCUCGUAGUUUUGAAGAUUCUCUAGCUGUUAAGCCUGCUAUUAAGGAAGCAUCAUCACAGUUUAUGCAAAUUUACCGUAGUCGUGAAGUUGGUCAGUCUUAUGUGACUUCUGUUUGGACUACCAUUGUUGCUAUUGUUCACGGUCUGUGGCUAAUGAUCCGGAUCAGACCACAAGUGAUCCUGUGCAAUGGUCCUGGGACCUGUAUUCCUCUGUGUGUGAUUGCUUUCUUAUUCAAGGUGCUAGGAAUCAGAUGGUCAUCAAUCUUUUAUGUUGAGAGUGUAGCAAGAGUUAAGAAGCUUUCAUUAAGUGGAUUGCUACUUUACAAAUUGAGGAUAGCUGAUCAAUUCUUUGUCCAAUGGCCUCAACUGCAAAAGAAGUAUCCUCGGGCUCACUAUGUUGGGUGCCUGAUGUAAGCUGACUGGAACCCUCCUCACACCAAAAUUUAUUACAGUAACUUAGAAUAGCUACAAAGCCUACACCUUCUCUUUAUAUACAGGAUUGAGUCACACUUUAGUAAUAUUUCAUCUUUGUUGCUAUGAAGUCAAGUUUUAUAAACUGAAGUUCUGUAAUCAGCUGUUCUGAAGUUGUUAAUGCUAUUUCACUGAGCGUAUGAUGUGA